UUCGACGAAGUACUAUCUCUAGUUGGGCCUUCUCUAGCCAAAAAAAGCAACCGUGAACCAAUAAAUCCAGCACAGCGCUUAGCAUUAACAUUGAGGUUCUUAUCGCAGGGUGACUCCUUAUUCAGUUUAGCUUCAGGAUAUAAAGUUGUUAGAUCAACAGUUUCCCUAAUAAUCAAGGAAACUACAGAAACUUUAUGGAAUAUAUUAAAUGGCUUAGUACUGAAGCCUUUGACUUUAGAAGACUUCCAAAAAAUUGCUGAACAAUUUGAAGGUGCAAUAGAUGGCAAACAUAUAGCUAUUCAGUGUCCUCCUAAUUCAGGAAGCGAAUUUUUCAAUUACAAAAAACAUUUUAGCAUUGUACUACUCGUUAUAUGUGAUGCUCACUAUAAUUUUCGUUAUGUCAACGUUGGAGUUUAUGGUUCACAAAGUGAUGGUGGUGUUUUAUCAAAUUCAGCCUUUCUUGAUACACUGGAUAAAUUACAAUUGCCAGAAGAAUGUUAUCUUCCAAACAGCACAAUAAGAAUGCCAUAUUUCAUUGUGGGGGAUGAUUCUUUUCCCCUCAGCAAAUAUUUAAUGAAACCAUACAAGGGAACGAGUUUACCGUUAAAAAAACAAAUAUUCGAUUAUAGAUUGAGCCGUGCAAGGAGAGUUAUUGAGAAUUCAUUUGGUAUAUUGGUUGCACGGUGGAGAAUUUUCACCAGAACUAUAUCCUCACGCCCAGAGACAGUGGAUUUCAUAAUAAAAGCAACAGUUUGUUUACAUAAUUUCAUUAAGAAAAAAGAAUAUCAUAUGAGUGAGGUUAAGAGAAAGUACUGUCCUCAAAAUUUUUUUGAUCGAGAAACUGACAAUGGAGUGGUUGAAGGAGAUUGGCGUAGGGAAGUGGGAAAAUGUGUAGUUUUAGAAGAUGUGCAUAGAGGGCGAAAUUGUGGCAAUAAUCCUGGUAAAAGUGCUCUCACGAUUAGAGAAAAUUUAACAGAGUAUCUCAUUAGCCCAGCAGGAUCUUUACCUGGUCAAGUAGAUUAUGUAAAAAGGGGGCGAAGCAAUAUUUAG